AUGCUGCCCGCGGUGCUGCCCGCCGCGCUCCCCGCCGCCCGCCGGGCGCUGCUCCCGCCGCGCCUGCCGCGCCCGCCGCGCCCCGGGCCCCGCGCCGCCACCGCCACCGCCACCGCCACCGCCGGGCUGCGGGCCCUCGGCACCGGCCCCGCGCGGCGCUCGGAGGCCUUGGCAGGGGCGCCGCUGGACACGGCCGCCAAGGAGUACUCGCCCAAAGUGCGGCAGCUGGUGCGGGACAUCGCGGGGCUCACGCUGCUGGAGGUGGCCGAUCUCAACGCGCUGCUCAAGGAGACGCUGAAGAUCCCUGACGUGGGGGUGAUGCCCGCCGCGGCCGCCGCCUCCGUCGUGCCCGCCCAGGCGGCUCCGCAGGAGGAGGAGGAGGUCCCGCUCAAGAAAGAGAAAACACAUUUCACCGUCCGGCUGACAGAGCUGAAACCCGCUGACAAGGUGAAGCUGAUCAAGGAGGUGAAGAACUUCGUGCCAGGAGUGAACCUCGUGCAGGCCAAGAAGCUGGUGGAGUCCCUUCCGCAGGAGAUCAAGGCAAACGCCUCCAAGGAGGAAGCAGAGAAGAUCAAAGCGGCGCUGGAGGCAGCAGGAGGGACUGUUGUUCUGGAAUAGUCUCACCCCAGAGGGACUGGCACAACGGCUGCUGCCCAAGCUGGGCCUGGACCUUUCCAAGUGCGUGGCGUGGUGGGAGUGCUCUCCCAAAAAACACUGUGGUUUGGCAGAGCUGCUGCCUCCUUCCUCUAUCACCAUGAACUCUACCUUAUAAAUAUAAAAAAAACCAUGUAAAACAGUU